UCAUCAGUCACAAAAAAUUAGCAACGCGUUUCACUGGUCAAGCUUAAAUAGCAAUUAACGACCUAAACAGUUAUUAAGUCAUUAAAAGAAGCAAAAUAAAUUGUUAUUUACUAGUCUAUCAUAGCCGUCUGGUGUGAUUUAUAACAUGAAACAAUAACAAUUAUUUCUUAUUUUAAUUUGAAUAUAAGAUUAUUAAUUGUUCCUUAUGGAUUAAUUCAAAAGUUCAAUGGCUUUAUUAUCAUAGAUAUACAGUCAAGUGUCAAAAAUUAUAUUUUUUUUAAACUGGACAGACAACGAAAGUGCAGUGAUGGGUUGUGAAUUAUCUAAACUGGCAACAUCAGACUUCAGCCACGAUCCUUUCCACCGUCCACCGCCUCCUGCUGACCCCAGGUCACCUCUAACAACCAAGCAACAAUACUGCAUUCGUGCAUCAUGGAAGGGAAUCUUCAGACAAAUCGAGAAGACUGGAAUUAUCUUGUUUAUCAAAUUAUUCGAGGAAAACGAGGAACUUCUCCAUUUGUUCGAGAAAUUUCGUGAGCUUCGUACCAAAGAAGCUAUAGUAAGUUCCGCGGAAUUAGCUGAACAUGCAACGCAGGUCAUGCACACAUUGGACGAAGGUAUCAAAGGCUUGGGUGACAUGGACUCAUUCUUCGCGUAUAUCCGACACAUCGGAAGUACACACAGACAAGUUCCUGGAUUCAAAGCCGAAAACUUUAUGAAAAUCGAGCAACCGUUCCUAGAAGCGGUCAAGACGACACUGGGCGACAGAUACACGCCUAAUAUUGAGAAUAUUUACAAAAUCACUAUCAGGUUCAUUCUGGAGAACUUGGUGAAGGGCUAUGAAGAUGCUCUUCCAAGGGAAUAAACUUACGAGACUUGAAGAAGUUGACGCCGAUAUACGCAAUAAAAACAGCUGCUGAAAAUUAAUGACAUUAUAUUAUUAGCCUCGACUUUCAGCAUAAAAUAAGCAUUUACAUAGCUUUAUUGUUAAACAUUUCUAUGAGUCUACAAACUCUGUUUUUUGUUAACCUUUUUUACCGCGUAUACCUCGAUGUAGUGGGGUGAUGUUCUAUUUCAAGUAGUUUAGCUUAGUUGCAUAAUACAAGCUUGUUUUCUAGUAUAAGCUAGUGUGUCACGAAAUAUAAUAACAACUAAUCCAUCAAUAGUGGUUCCAGUAUGUGCUACUUGAAUAAUGUUUCCGCCUAUAUAUUAGGCACCACCUCCACGUGGAUAUGUUUGCCAUGUCGACCACCGGCGAUGUAGUGGCAGCGAGACGACGAGUGGCUUGACGCGAAUAAUGCUGCGAGAGAGCAACUCCUCCUCCUCGCGUCGUUUUCCUCAUUACUGAAGCUCGUGACUCCCCCGCUGCAUCAGUUUCUCCCGUACGAUUUCGCUCCAUCUGCUGCGAUCCUUAGCUUCAUGAAGGUCAUUGUGGAAGUUGACGUUCAGUGAAGAUCGUAUUUGAUCCGACCAUCUCGUGGGACUGCGUCCUCUGGGACGUUUCCCAUCUACCUUACCUGUCACCAUCAGCUUUUCAAGAUUGUGACCCUUUUUACGAGCAAUAUGUCCGAAAAAUUCCAGCACCCUACCAGGUAGAGCACAACUAACGCUCUGUCAAAUGAAGUCUUUUCACCAAAAUAUUUGUUUAAUAAUAUGUUGUCUUUAUCAAGUACCGAGUCCAUAGUGACGUGAUACGCUGUCUAAUUGUCGUCUCGUGGAGAUUACCUUACGCAAACACUAUAUUAUAAUAGUACAAGUACCUGAAGUUGU